GUCCCGCUAGAGAACCCCGGGAGGGCGGCCCCGCAGCCAGUCGCUUCCCGCGCGUCCUGCGACUCCGCGGCCUCUCGCCCCCACGACCAGCAGCAUGGCCAUCAAGAAGAUUGCGAUCUUCGGCGCCACCGGCAGGACCGGGCUCACCACGCUGGCGCAGGCGGUGCAAGCAGGUCCUACCACAGUGAUGUCCGAGGGUGCCCGGAACAUUGUGGCAGCAAUGAAAGCCCAUGGCGUGGACAAGGUCGUGGCCUGCACCUCGGCCUUCCUGCUGUGGGACCCGGCCAAGGUGCCCCCGAGACUGCAGGAUGUGACUGAUGACCACAUUCGGAUGCACAAGGUACUCCAGGAGUCGGGGCUGAAGUACGUGGCCGUGAUGCCCCCGCACAUAGGGGAUCAGCCGCUGACUGGUGCCUACACGGUGACCCUGGAUGGACGAGGGCCUUCGAGAGUCAUCUCCAAACAUGACCUGGGCAACUUCAUGCUGCGCUGCCUCACCACGGAUGAAUACGACGGGCACAGCACCUACCCCUCCCACCAGUAUGAAUAGGGCUCUGGCUGUCCUGGAAGUGGAGAACAAAGGCAGGGAGUAAUAAAUGUUGAGCCAAGGGCUUCAGAUUAUUCUA